AUGCCUCUGGACUACAGUAAAUGGGACGCCCUCGAGCUGAGCGAUGACUCGGACAUCGAGGUGCAUCCCAAUGUCGACAAGCGAUCGUUCAUCCGCGCCAAGCAGAACCAGAUCCACAUGGAGCGCGAGCAACGCAAGCACCAGAUCGCGACGCUCAAGUACGAGCGGCUGAUCAACGACGGGCUGAUGAAGCGCAUAUCGUCCCUGCUCUCCUCGCUGCAGGCGCACGCCUCGGACGCCGAAACCCGCAAUCCCGGCGAGGUUGCCUUCGCGGCCGUCAUGGAAUCCGCGAGCAAGAUGAGGCCCGAGGAUGACCAGCCGCCGCCGCGGCCCGCAGGUAUACAUGAGGGCGAAGAGGCCCUGCCGACGUAUAGCAAGAUGAUGGCAACCUUGUUGGAUCAGGUGAACAAGUCGAUCGACGAGAAGAAGGUCACGCAGGACAAGAGGUACGGAGCUAUGAUAGAGGAGAUCCAGGGGCACUUGGAUAAGGUACAGGGACUGCAGAAGGAUCUCAUCAAGAAGCUCGGUGAGCUGGAGAAAGAGGAGGGCAAGAAGAUUACGAGUGAAGGCAUUCAUACGGGAUUUGAUAGCUCGCAUGUCAACAAGUCCACUUCGACGUCCACUUCGCAGCAGAAGAAAGAGGAACCUAAGGUUGAGCUUCUCAAUCCGAACUUCUCAACCUCUCAAGAGGCCCCACAAGCGAAGGGCACGGGUGAUGACGACGAUGACGGCGAUAUGGAAGCCUCACCAACUGCAAGGCAGUUUGCCAAUAUCAAGGUUGGCGAGUAUCGGGACAGCCUGAAUUUCCUCUCAGCACACCCGGAAAUCCUCACAGAGAAGGAGACCGAUGGUCUGCUGGUGCUCGCUUUUGAUGCACAGCUGGAAGGCAAGGAGGACUAUGCUCGACAAUGUGUGCAUCAGGCUCUUCUUCUCCAAUACUGCCGUGCCCUCGGCCGAGAUGGUGUAGGGCUGUUCUUCAAGCGAAUCACGACAAAGGGGCAUCAAGCUCAAGAUGUCUUCUACAAGGAUGUGCAAGAGACGUAUGGGAAGAUUAAGAAUCGAGCCCGCGAGAUCAAUGCCCAGAGAGCAGCUGGAGGGAACGAAGAAGGCGUUGAGCAGAUUCAGCUCCAUGCUGUGGAGCCGGGCACGGUCAUCAAUAUUCGUGUACCGCCUGCAAAUAGCGAAGACGCAGAGGAGAAGAAGGCAAGGGAGGUAUUCGAGACGUUCAAGCCUGAAAUGAAGAAGGCUCUAGAGAGCGGUAGUCUCGACGAGGUGAACAAGGUACUGGGCAAUAUGAAUAUUGAGGAAGCGGAGGAUUUGGUGGGGAAGUUUGGAGAGGCCGGCAUCCUCUCUCUGGAAGAGCAGAUCAUAGAUGCCACAACAGAGGAAGGAAAGGCGCAACUGAAGGAAAUGGAACAGCAAGCUGCGGCCACAACUUCAGAAUCACAAUACGCAGAUGAUCCUGAGUAA